CCCUCUCGGCCCUUCACCGCCCUGGCAGCGCCGGUCGCCGCGGGUCGGGGUCUUGUGACUUCUGUGUCGGGACCUCCAGGUGAACCCGGGCAGAUCUCCGGCCGAGAAUCUGAAGGAGUCCCGGCCCUUGAGGGCCUCCGGAGUUCAAAUCCCAGGCUUCGACCUUCUGUCGGGUCGGGGUCUCCGGGAGCCGAGUCCGAGCCUGAAACUUUGGGAGGAGGUUGUCAACUGGGGUAUCCGGACCUGGGGCCUCCGGGGAGGGGUGAAGCCGGAGUCUGGGGUGCUUGGAGAGGGGUCACGCCUGGGCCUAGGGUCUCUGGAGCCAGUUCGCCUUCCCGACCGGGGGUCUGGGCAGGCCCUUCCGCGCCGCGCCGCCAUGGGGGCGUUGUGGCCCCUCGCCCUAGCCCUGGCCCUGGCCGGCCUGGCCGCUGCCAGCCCGCCCAACCUGGUGGUCAUCUUUGCCGACGACUUGGGCUAUGGGGACCUGGGCGCCUACGGCCACCCCAGCUCCUCCACCCCCAACCUGGACCAGCUGGCCGCAGGGGGGCUGCGGUUCACGGACUUCUACGUGCCGGUGGCUCUGUGCACGCCCUCGCGGGCCGCCCUCUUGACUGGCCGACUCCCGGUUCGGGUGGGCAUGUACCCUGGAGUUCUGGAGCCCAGCUCCAAAGGGGGCCUGCCCCUGGAGGAGGUGACCCUGGCUGAGGUCCUGGAAGCCCGAGGCUACCUCACAGGCAUGGCUGGGAAGUGGCACCUCGGGGUGGGGCCUGGAGGGGCCUUUCUGCCCCCCCACCAAGGCUUCCACCGGUUCCUGGGCAUUCCCUACUCCCACGACCAGGGCCCCUGCCAGAACCUGACUUGCUUUCCACCGGACACCCUUUGCGAGGGCAGCUGUGACCAGGGUCUGGUGCCCAUCCCACUGCUGGCGAACCUCUCUGUGGAGGCACAGCCCCCCUGGCUGCCUGGACUUGAGGCCCGCUACGUGGCCUUUGCACGUGACCUCAUGGCUGAUGCAAAACGCCAGGGCCGCCCUUUCUUCCUGUACUACGCCUCCCAUCACACCCACUACCCCCAGUUCAGCGGGAAGAGCUUCGUGGGGCACUCAGGCCGUGGGCCAUUUGGGGACUCCUUGAUGGAGCUGGAUGCGGCCGUGGGGGCCCUGAUGGCCACUAUUGGGGACCUGGGACUGCUUAGAGAGACACUGGUCAUCUUUACUGCAGACAAUGGGCCCGAGACAAUGCGAAUGUCUCACGGCGGCUGCUCUGGCCUCCUGCGGUGCGGGAAGGGGACCACCUAUGAAGGGGGUGUCCGACAGCCAGCCUUGGCCUUCUGGCCAGGCCACAUCACUCCUGGGGUGACCCACGAGCUGGCCAGCUCCCUGGACCUGCUGCCCACUCUGGCUGCUCUGGCUGAGGCCCCACUGCCCAACGUCACCCUGGAUGGCUUCGACCUCAGCCCCGUGCUGCUGGGCACAGGCAAGAGCCCCCGGCAGUCUGUCUUCUUCUACCCGAUCUACCCAGAUGAGGUCCGUGGGGUCUUCGCCGUGCGGAGUGGGAAGUACAAGGCUCACUUCUUCACUCAGGGGUCUGCCCACAGCGACACAACAGCUGACCCAGCCUGUCACGCCUCGACCCCACUGACCGCCCAUGAUCCCCCUCUGCUCUUUGACCUGUCCAUGGAUCCUGGCGAGAACUACGACCUCCUGGGAGGGGUGGCCCUGGUCACCCAGGAGGUGCUGCAGGCUCUGAAGGAGCUUCAGCUGCUCAAGGCCCAGUUUGAUGCUGAGAUGACCUUCAGCCCCAGCCAGAUGGCCCAGGGGGAGGACCCCGCUCUACAAGUCUGCUGCCAGCCUGGUUGCAAGCCCCGGCCAGACUGCUGCUACUGCCCGGACACAGGGCCCAGCAUGGGCUCCACUGGGGGCCCCCGAGUCCAGCCGCAGCCUGAGCCCCAGCCCCAGCCUGAGCCCCACCCCCAGCCCCAGCCCCAGCCCCAGCCCCAGCCUGAGCCCCACCCCCAGGCCCAGCCCCAGCCUGAGCCCCACCCCCAGCCCCAGCCCCAGCCCCAGCCUGAGCCCCACCCCCAGCCCCAGCCUGAGCCCCAGGCCCAGCCUGAGCCAGAGCCCCAGCCCCAUCCUGAGCCCCAGGCCCAGCCCCAGCCUGUACCCCAACCCGAGCCUGAGCCCCAGGCCCUGGCCCAGCCCCAUCCUGAGCCCCAGCCCCAGCCCCAGCCCCAGGCCCAGCCUGAGCCCCAGUCUGAGCCCCGGCAGGGCAUGGUCCAUUUGUUACUAUGAGUCUGUGUUUACGCUGAUGGGAGUAUGCGAGGUGCCUUUGUACCCAGUGAGGAUGAUAACACGAGCUGACACAUGGCACCUGUGUGUCCAGCCCCGCUCUGGC